UAUAUUUUUUUCUGGGAAUUAAAAUGGCGUCAAAGUCACGAGUUACAUUCGUUCUUGUUUUGAUUGCAUUAACCCUUGUUCAAAUGGGUUUUGGGGCUUACGGUGUUAUCGUCACUAAGUUUGCCAAAGGGAACGAUUUUGAUCCUUUGGUAUUUAGUCUUUAUCGUGAUGGCUGUUGUUUUCCUGUUCUCUUUCUUGCAGCAUACGUUGCGGAAAAAAAGAUCAGUUACCCAAAACUAAGAGAGCUUCCACUUUUUGUUGCAAUGGGCUUUUUUGGAAUGUUUGCAAACCAACUCAUGUAUAUUCUGGGUGUGUACAACACUUCAGCUGAUAUUGCAUCAAUGUUCCAACCGCUUGCUGCAUGUUGGACUGUUAUAGUAGCAGUUGCUGCAAGAGUUGAGAAGUUUCCUAACCUAAGUACAGUAUUAGGAGCCAGUAAGGUGAUUGGUAUCAUCGUUGCAACUGCAGGUGCCGUUCUUAUGAAUUUUGGAAAAAGUGCUAAACAUAACGACACUUCAAACAAGUAUGUGUCACGUAGUUCGUCUCUAUUUGGCUAUUCUGCGCUGGUUAUAAAUACUUUUUCAGUUGGAAUCUAUGUCGUUCUACAAAAGAAAUACAUUUUUUCUGUUGCGACAUCGAGAUGGAAAACGUGCCCUAUAGGUGUCACAGCAUGGGCGUAUCUAUUUGGAUUUAUAUCAAUGGGAUUUGCGUCAUUAUAUUAUAUAAGGCAACCUGAGAAAUUUUAUCUUCAAGCAAACGGUGUUAUUUAUACAUUGAUAUAUGCUGUGUUUAUUGCGUCUGCCAUGUGUUACAUGCUGAUCACUUGGUGUAAUAUGCUUGUCAGCUCCACCCUGGUGGCUGCAUCGUGGCCACUACAAGUAUUUUUUUGUAUCAUAUUGUCGUACUUCAUAUUAGGUGAGACCUUAUCUGUUUUGGAAAUCAUUGGAGGUUUGAUGAUUAUUUUUGCAAUGUUGGCGGUGGUUUGGUCAAAUUAUCAGACAGAGCUUUUAAAUUCAAACAGACCGGAACAGAAAAUCUUGAAUCCUCGUACUGAAGGAUAUGAUAAACUAACAUCCUAGAUUUUAAUAAAAAAAUAACAAUAACAUAUAACAUAGAUGUAAUUUUUACAAUUCAGAUAAUUUUUAGAUUAUAUUGCAUAAAAUUCAUGAAGUCGAAUUCAUAUUAAUAAAAUUUUCAUGCACAUUUUUUAUUAAAAAAAGUUAAACUGAGCUGAGGCUGGAUGUGCUUAUUUUUUUAACGUUUGCGCAGCCUCAAAUAUUCUUGUUUGUGUUUUUCCUAAAAAUAGGGAACAUAUGGAUUGUUUUUAGGAUUUAAAUAAAUAGAGGUUGAAAUAUUAGGAAGAGGAACUAUAUUUUAUAUAGUUGUUUAUUAGCAUAUAUGUAUAAUUCUAGGCUGAAAAUUAUUUUGUUCUUUUGAAGAAAUUCUUGCUAGGUUCGUUCUUAAUUAAGGUCGGAAAAAUAGUGUGUAUGAAAUUAAAAAUUAUAGUUAUGUUAAUUAUAUACAAAAGUUCGAAUUAAAUUAUAAAGAAUUAAUGUUAAACCUAAAUAUUUUACUUCCAAUGAGCGAUUGGAACGGUCCAACAUAUAUUUUAAACUGUACUUUAAAAAACAGAUAUUCCGUCUCGAAAUAUGUGUGUUUGCUUUAGGGUCGCGCAGAAACCUUGAUUUUAGAUCUCCGUUAGAUAUAAAAACGAUGACGGGGAAUAUUUGCCUAAAAAAGUGGCUCAAAUGUUCAAAAUUUUCCUGAACUACCUUUAUUCGUACAAAUUUUACGCGUUUGUACAAAAAAGUUAAUUGAUGCGAAAAAUUUAGACUAAAAUUACGCUCAAAACGAUUUUGGCGAAAAUUUACUCUUUUUAUUUCAAGAAACAGAAUUUCAUCAAAGUUUCUUUCACACACCCUUUUUAUGAUUCCGAACGAAAACAACUAAAAACAAGAUAUUCUAUAUUUCACAAAAACCCUUUUCCCCCUCAAAAAAACAAAAAAAAAAUUAGUACGAAUAAUAUAACUUAAGGGGUGAAAAUUUGGUGGAGGAAAUUUAGUAAGGCUGUAAACGAUCAUAUUGCCUUUAGAGACUAGAAGGAAUAGAGCAAUGGGCACCCGCCUGUGUGCGUGAAACCACGUAAUCUUAAAUUUCAAAUAUUUGAUAACAGGCCGAUUUGUGUUUCAACUGGUAAUUUAAACUUUUAAAUGAAUAACUUUUUAUAUGUUAUUAAUAUUGUUAUUGUUGUAUGAAUAAAAAGAAAAAUAUAUAAUGGCUGCCUCACAGUCCCGUUCAA